AUGCGGCCUGCGCGCCGCGGCGAGGAAGGCAGGAAAGUGACUGGAGCGUCCGCAGACGCGGGGGGCGCGUCGCGGCAGACGACGCGGGAGGAGGGCGAGCGGCGUGAGGGGGGGAGGCGAGACAGCGGCGACGCAGAGAGCGUGCGCGUGGGCGUUGCAACUGAGGAAGGCAAACGGAAGAAGCGCCGCGAGCCCGCGAGAGGGGGAGAAGACCUCCUGCCUGGGCUUCCAGCGCGAGACGCGCGCCUCGUGGUUCCUCUCGCGCAGCUAGACAACAGGGCCUACUACGUGCAUGACGCCGAGAAGGAGGGAGACAGAUCCAUGGAGGCCCGUAGAGAUGUCUCCGAGUGGAGUCCCGUGCCGCCGCCGCGGUCGUCGCCCAGCGCCCCCGAGACCUUCCAACUCAUGCCUGUCGUGGGCGACCGCGCGAUCGCCACGGGCGCCCGCCGGAGAAGAAAAAAGAAACCGGGGUUCCGCAGAAAAAGCGUGGAUGGCGAGGAUCGAUCCCCGGCACCUGGACGCGGCGGGGGGCUCUUUCUCCAUCCGGCCCUCGGCGACGACUCAGAGGAAUACGUUGAAGAGCAUGAUGAAUCCCCCAAGUCGUCGCUUUGCUCGACAGACUGCUGCGCGGGGUUCUGGCGAAGGCGGUGGCAAGUGAUGCAGGGCUGGUCCUGGGGCUGGGGAUUCACGAAUCGACCGCGAGAUGGCGUUCGGUAUUACAUCAGCGAGAUCUUUGCCGCGCUCAUCGUCGCCCUCACACAAGUCCCUGAGUCGGCGUCGUUCGCGUUGAUGGCGAACCUUCCGCCAGCGCUGGGCGUUCACAGCGCGUGGCUCAUCGGCCUUUUCGCCUGCGGUUUAGGGGGCAGGCCCGGGAUGAUCAACGGCGUUACAGGCUCCUUCGCUGCGACGAUCGGCGCCUUCACGACGCGGACAUGCUCGCCAACGACGCUUAAGUGCGAAGUGAAGGGCGUGGAGACGCUGGUCGUCUCUGUUUUCUUCGCGGGCCUCCUCCUGGUGCUGACGGCGUUCUCCCGCCUGGCCUCUCUGGUGCAGCUCAUCCCGGCCUCUGUCACAAUCGGCUUUUGCAACGGCAUUGCCAUCAUCAUCUUCCUCGCGCAGCUGCAGAUCUUUCGAGAUCCUGCCACGCGGCUGUUCAUCACGGGCUCCCGCGCCGGCUGGAUGGCAGCCGAGUGCGUGCUCGCCGCAGUCGUCAUGGAGGGCUGGAAAAAAAUUCCUAUCGUUGGCAAGCUGCUUCCAGGGUCCUUGAUCUCCAUGGUGGCUGCCGGCCUGAUGGAGUUUCUGCUCGCGCGCCCGUUUUUUGAAACCAAGACUCCGACGAUUGGAGAGGUCGCGGAGUUGACGCCGAACUCGGCGCUUCCGAUCCCCUUCUUCGCCGACGAGCGCUGGGACUUCCGCAGCAAAAUCGAGUGGAAAGACGCCUUUGUCCACGGCUGCAUUCUGGCGGUCGUUGCCACAUUGGAGACGCUAAUGACGGUGCAAGUCGUGGACAUCUACGCGGCGCAGGCGGCGUUACCUCCGGAGCCGAAGGCGCCGAAGAAGACUACGUUUCGACGCUUCCUCGAGCGCGGCUGGUCUCCGCUGUGGGCAAAGACGGAUGGACGCUCCAACGGGCUCCUGCAUACGCUCGCCUCUGACGCGCCGGAGAAGCUCGCCGGCGGCGAGAGUCCCUUCGAGAAGAGCGCACUCGCGGGCGGCGCCGCCGCGGGCUCAGGCCCCGACGGCGGCCCGCGCGGGGCUCGCGAGGGCGUGUCCGCCGGCGCCGUGGCUUCCGGCGCGAAGGCCGAGGGCGAGGGUCGGCAGGCGAGGAGGCUUGGAGACGGCGCGGAGCCCGAAGGCGGCCGAGAGCUCGUAAGCCACGGGGCGGACGCGCAAAAACGCGGGACGGCUCACGACUUAUCCUCGGAGAAUACCUCCGUGGACACUGGGGCUUUCUCCCCGCGCGCCGCCGCCGCUGACGGCCUCGGCACGUCGUCGCAGAGCGGCGCCGGGUGCGCGGCUCCGGGAACCGCCUCGAGCCCCCCUUCGCCAAAGGGCGGAGACCUCGAAGAGGGCGAGGGCACCGGAGGCCGGCGCGCGCGAAAGAAGGCGGUGGGCGCACAGAUGUCGCGCGUCGCCGUCUACGGGCGAGAGCUCGAAGGCCCUGCGGCCCACGAGGCUGCGGCGGCGCAGGGAGGAGACGAGAGCUCGGCAGUGUCUCCGGGAGGGGCGGAGGGGCCUCAGGGGCGUCUUCUCGCGCCGGAGAGAACCGACUCUGGAAGAUACGAAAAGCGCGACCUCCGCUUGCCCCUCUGCUGUCCAGCGCUCCCGCUCUCAAUGGAGCAUAUGCAUGCGUCUGACCGUUUUCUGCCGUUCGGCAGACAUGGCGGCGCAGACGCCGCGUCGCUGCGAGCAAGCGGGGGAGAGGACAGCGAAAGAGGACUCGUCGGAAGCGCCGCCACGGCAGGCGAGAAGGAAGAAGCCGUCGCGAUUCUCCGCGGCAAACCGCCCGUCAAGGGCGAUGGCAACCAACAGCUCUGGGCAGCAGGCGUCGCCAACAUCGUCUGCGCGUUCUUCGGAGGCAUGGGCGGCGGCGCCAUGAUUGGGCUCUCUGUCAUGAACCUCCGAAGCGGAGGAAAGGGUAAAGAAUCAGGUUUUCUGCAGGCGAUUUUUGUGUUUAUCCUAAUUGCGGCGGCUUACAAGGUGCUGAACUACUUGCCUAUUGCCGCGCUCGCGGGCAUCAUGUUCUGUGUGGCGUUCCAUACCUUUAAGUGGUUUUCGCUCCCGAUGGUCGUUGCGAGCUUCCUGCCCGAGCGGCUGCGCACGCUGCAUCCCUGCCUCGUGCAAAAAAUCACUCGCGCAGAUGCGGUUAUCGUCGUCGCCGUCACGCUCUGCUGCAAGUUCCUGAACGUCGCGAUGGCCGCGGGCAUAGGCAUUUUCAUCGCGGCGCUCAUCUUCGCGUGGGAAGCCAAUCGGCGGUUUUGCGUCGAAGCCGCUGAAGAUGAGAAGCGGCAGAUCAAGUACUACGAAGUCCACGGGCCGCUGUGCUUCAGCACUGCCAGCAAGUUCGAGAGCGCUUUCAACUACGACGCAGAUCCGCCAACAGUCGUGUGCAUGCUGAGUGGCAACACGCGGUUGUUCGACUAUAGUGCGAUGGCGACGAUGAACGCCCUGAGUCGAGGCUACAAGCGACGAGGCAAGACUCUGCACUUCAAGGGCAUGAGCCACGGGUGUCUGAAUAUGAUGGCGAAGGCGAAUCACCUAAUGCAGCACAUGGACUACGAGUUGAUCGGCCUGGAAGUGCCCCCGAUUCACCACCUUGUGGAGGUUCACCCCGACGACGACCGCGAGUCGGUCUUCGCGGACACGCUCUUUGCGUCCUCGAACCUCGCCUCGCGCGCCUCGUUUUCGAAAAGGAAUGCGCGCCAGCAGGGACCGGGGCCGGCGGCGCGCGCGUUGGAAUCGGGAAGUCUGCAGCCGUCCUCUUCGCUCUCGCGCGUCGUCGCGGCGUCGAGCACGCCGCCGUUCUUCCCUGCCGGGGAGGGACACCAGGGGCGAGACGAGGAGAGGCCUAGCGACCCAGAGCCCGCCGCCGCGAGGCGCGCGGAGGCGACCGACAAAUUCGUUUUCAACCCCCACGCGCGAUCCGACGCGUGUGAGACUGACGAGGGACCAAGCUUCUCGCUCUCGUGCGAGAUGGCCUCAACCGCUGCAGGACAGCGGACGCUCGUCGACGAUGGCGGCGGGAUGGCAGUCGAGGAGAAAAAGAAGCGGAAAGGCAUCUUCAGCGGCGACCGCAAGAGGUUAGAGCGAAGAGGAGCCGCGGCGAGCGCAGAGAGGAAGGAGACGGAGGACAAGGAGGCAGACGCGCGGGCGGACGGCCGCGGCGGCGCCCCCAAGGCAACUGAGCGCCGCCGGGGCUCUCCGGCGGAGGAAAGACACGAUGGCAGCCAUCAACCCUAA